AUGUUAAAAAGCAAAUACACUAUUACAAAUACUAGUGAACAAAAGCCAUGGUGCGAUAAAAUUACCUUAUCACUAACAACCAAAUAUCCUCAAGAAUUGACCUCACUUAAUUGUGACGAAAUAAUUUCUCAAGAACCAUGUAGCAAAGUUCUCCCUCGUCCAUCAGAUCAAAUGGAAUGCAUUUGUCAACCAUGUGAAAUUCCUCUCAUUUCUGCACAGACAGAUCACUCCCCAGAAAAAGAUCCAUCUAAGAAUAUAGCAGUUACUUCAGGUUUUACAGCUUUUGGAACAAUUGGCACUUUACUUCUAUUAUAUAAGUUUACCCCAGUUUCGUCCUGGUUCAGACGCCGAGGUAUGAAUAAUGUAGGAACAGAUCUAUAUAUGAAUCCAGGAGACGCAGAGGGUUUCUUAAGUAUGCAAGGUGAAAAUGGUUCUUUAUUUCCCGAUAAUGGUAGUAAUAAUAUAUUUUACCAUUCAUCAGUCGGAUAA